AUGACCACUCAGUCCACCCUGCCUCGAUCAUCGAGCCAAGCAAGCGACGCACCGACUGGCACCCUGUCUUCGCUUCCCCCUCGAAAAUUGAAACCGUUAUCUACCGUCUCAGAUGCCCAAAGAAGCGCGUCGCCAUCACCCUCCAAGCUUCGUCCUCCCGCAAGGCCUUCGUUAGGCGGAAACGGCUCCAUGCGUUCCAUCUCGGGCACAACAACACCAAACGGAACCGACAAAAGUUUGCGAAGAUCUGUCAGCAUAGCAGCCUUCCCUCAACCCCCAAAGUCGAGCGGCAGAUUAUCAAUGGCCUCGAUAUCAAGUUCGACUUCGCAUGUUCCGUCGACGGCGCGCAGUACCCCCGACAUUACCAAGUCAGCUACAAUCAAACCCAGAAAACAGUCAAGACUCAGUUCAGCAACCACUGCAAGCAAUCGUAGCUCAAAAGCGGUUUCCCUUCUCGAUCAUGGCGGCGACGGAAAGACGGUCUUAAACGCGGCAGUCAGCAGGGACUCGGAAGGUCAAUUCAGUAUCUCCUCCCCGCCACACAGUAGAAGCUCGUCAGCGCAGGGUUCGUAUUCAACGAGCGCGACGACAUUUGAUGAUAACGAGGAGACGGAACAUGACUCCAAGGAUGCCUUGGGAGCGGGCAAAAGGGGCGCCCGACCAAAAGAAGCAAAAGGCAAUGUCAUCGUUAGUGUGCGAGUACGACCGGAUACUGGCGCAAACGAAAACUCGCGCGCAGAAGGAGAGUGGAUGGUCGAUGGUCGAAGGUCAUUGAUUUCUUUUCGAGGAAAAGAGAGCUACGACUAUCUUUAUGAUAAUGUUUUUACCGCGCAUGACAACAACUCGAAAGUUUACGAUUCAUCAGCCAAGCGACUGGUCCGGAGAGUCAUGGAAGGCUACCAUGGAACUGUUUUUGCAUAUGGAAUGACAGGAACCGGAAAGACAUUCUCGAUGCAAGGAACUGCCUCCUCUCCCGGUGUUAUCCCGUUAGCGAUCACCGACAUCUUUUCAUAUAUUCGCGAAACCCCACAUCGAGAGUUCCUGCUUCGUGUCAGUUAUUUGGAAAUCUACAAUGAGAAGAUCCACGAUCUACUUUCAGCUUCGAGUGCGGGCGCAACUGGUCCCAAUGCGCCUCCACAAGAAGAAAUCAAGUUGCGCGAAGAUAGCAAGAGAGGUGUCUAUGCUACCCCUUUGAAGGAGGAAAUCGUGCAAAGUCCAACCCAACUUCUUCGUGUCAUUGCGCGCGGAGAUCAUGCGCGUAGAACUGGCAGUACGCAGUUUAAUGCACGGAGUUCUCGAAGUCAUGCUGUUGUCCAAAUUGUGGUUGAGAGUCGUGAGCGAGUACCCAAUGGUAAUUCGACCCAAGACAAGCGGUCUGCCGUGGGCCCAGGAGGUGUACGAGUCUCAACUCUAAGUCUUAUCGAUCUUGCUGGUUCUGAGCGUGCUGCAGAGAAUAAAGAGAGGCGGACAGAAGGUGCUCACAUCAAUAAGAGCUUGCUUACUUUGGGAACCGUUAUUGCGAGACUUUCAGAGAGCAAGGAGAAAUCGGCCAGCGCUGCCGAUAAGGAAGGCAAGCAUCUACCUUACCGUGAUAGUAAAUUGACAAGGCUACUACAGCCAGCAUUGUCGGGAAAUUCGCUCGUUAGCAUUCUCUGUACUAUUCAGAUAGGCGCAUCCGGCAGCGCUGCCCCUGCCAACACGCACACGAAUGAAACACUCAACACUUUGAAGUUCGCUGCCAGAGCAAAGAACAAUAUUGUCAGUCAUGCCAAACGAGCAGAAGAGGCGUAUGGAGGAAAUGGUGAUGGCGGAAGUAGAGUGCUGCUGGAACGAUAUCGAAUGGAAAUCCAGACUCUGCGUGCUCAAUUGGAAACGCAGAGCAAAACCCAGGCAGAAAACGACAUUAAGAUGGAGGAAGACCGAAUGGAGAAGGAAGCUGAGGCUCGCCACGAAGAACAAAUGCUCGAGAUGCAAUUGGCUCGGACCGCUCUCAAGGAGCGAAUCGAACAUUUGAAUCGACUCAUUCUUUCGUCCAAAUCUACUGGGGUCAAUAGCCAUAGUGGCACAGCGGCUUUUGAUCGAUUGUCAACCAUGUCCGGGGUAAAUGACACGCGUACACGGUCAUUAUACUCUUCAUCGAGUCAAUCGACCCUUGGUGCGAAUUCGCUGCGACGGACGGUGUCACAACAGUCUCUGCACAGCACUGACCCCGGCAGCGCAUAUCAAUUUCGACGUUCGUCAAUGGUGCCGGACGAGGAUGAUGAUACCGUCGGUGAAUUUGGUGACGGAAAUGCUAGUCUGCAGAUGCAGUUGACUGCGUUACAAGCCGAUUUGGCAGAUAAGAACCGGUACAUAUCCACACUCGAACGACGACUCCUUCAAGCGAGGCGGUCAAGUCAUUCGAGGAUGUCAAUGGGUUUGUCACAGUUGAAGAACGGCGAUGAUGUCGACAUGAUGGCGCUGUUACGUGAAAAGGACAUGGAGAUUUCUGAGCUGCGUAUCCAAUUAGACGACAAAGACCGGAUGCUCACUGCUCUUCGUUCAGCAGCUCGCCAGCGAGACGUUGCUCAAAUGACCAUUGAUAUCCCAGGACAGGACAAACGAACUAUUGGGCAUCAGAGUAACGGGAGCAAUGCAAGUUCACUUGCCAGUCCCCUAAGUGCCAGCAGUCCGGUCAACACCCUUUCACUCGCCAGUAUUUCAGAACGAGAGGUCAAUCCGAACAGGAAGAGUGUGGACGAGGUGUCUCGCAUGCUUGAUGAGAUGAUACAAGACCGUGUUGAGCAGGGUCAUCUGAACAAGACUUCUCGUCGAAGCCUGUUGUUUGCGAAUGGAACAAACAAUCAACCAGACCCGAUCUCACCCAAACCGCCUGCAAUCAGCGUUCCCGACCCGCAAACUUCCAUUGUUGAGGUGCCAGAGGAUGUAUAA